AUGGAUCGCUCCCUGGACCAGACUACCCUGGAGACCAUCGCGCUGCUGGAGUCGCGGCUCCAUCGCCUUGAACGCCUCCUCUAUGGCCCCGCCGCGCCGCCGAGCCAACCGCCCAAAAAAUCGGUGCUGCGGUCGCUGGCUGACCUCGAGCGCCGGUUCGCCCAUCUCAUUCGCCACUACCGCGCUCACCCCUCCCUUUUCCAACCCUCUUCCAGCACCCCGACAAAAGAACCCCCUACCCAACUCUCCCCUGACGCAGUCCUGCAAACUGUCCUCUCUUAUGCAUCCUCCUUUCCAGCGACCGCAUCAGCCCUGACAGCAGCCACCUCCGACGAAACCAUCCCUGACGCAGCUCAGUCCGCAGCGCUGGCGGCCCUGGUCCCGCGCAUGCGAGCCACCGAGACGACGCAGCUUGCGCAGGCGGCCGAGAUUGCGGAGUUGAGGAAGAGGAGUGAAGUUGUGCUCAAGGCGUGGUAUACAGGGUGUGUAUUGAGACAUGGGGAGAAGGUUGCAGAGUUGGAGAAAAGGUUGGAGGGGGUUGAGGUUGGGAUUCGGAGGGCUAAGAGGGUGAAGGACUUGGAGGAGAAAGUGUGA